AUGAAACCAUUCUCGCCCUACAGUUGGUUCUGGCGCAGCAAGAGAAGCAAUUGCGACGCUUUGCGUUAUACCGAGCAAGACAUAGUUAACAACCAUGGCGACGACAGCUCCAUGAGCAUCAUUGAUACUGGCAUCUACGGGGCGUUGUACCGAGUUCGCCUGCAGAACACAUCGAGGGCGUUGGUGGUGAAGAAGCUGCAGAACGAGAGCGGAACGGUGGACGCCAGUGUGGACGACCGAUGCCAGAAGGAGGUGAACUUGCUGGGCGGCAUCUGCCACGGCAACAUCAUCAGUCUUAGAGACUGCAUUCGGAGGGAGAACUUCAUCCUGCUCGUCUAUGGCCACGCCGAGAACGGCAGCCUCCACCAGUGGCUGCACCCUCUCCUCCAGCUGGCCGGCGAGGAUGAUCGGCGGCGGCCCCCGUUGGACUGGCCGGCGAGGCGGGCCAUCGCCAUAGGCGUCGCCGAUGGGCUCUGCUACCUCCACCACGGACGCAUAAACCCCGUCGUGCACCACAACAUCAAUUCUACCAACAUCGUGCUCGACACUGAUCACAAGCCCAAGAUCGCAGGUUUCGAUUUUGCGCGGGUCAGCCUUGCCGGACCUGACCAACCGGUGCCGGUCUCGGACCUCGCUGCUGGCAAUAUAUUCGGGUACACAGCUCCAGAAUAUGCGACACUGGUGACCGCGAAGGUUGAUGUAUACAGCCUCGGUGUGGUGCUGCUGGAGCUCGUCACCGGGCGGGUGGCUAACGAUGCGGGUGGGGAUGGCCACUUAGCAACAUGGGCACGGAGACAUUGCAACCGCCUGAUGGAGAACGCUGGAGAUUUCAGCGACGUCGUCGACACUGGCAUCCCGGAUCGAUCGCCGUACCUCAAGGAGAUGGCGGCUAUGUUCAGGCUGGGCGUCGAUUGCACCGUCAAGGAUCCACUGGAGAGGCCAGCCAUGCCCAAGGUUCUCCGCCGCCUCCGCAACUGUGGCCGCUGA